AUGGUCAUUCUGCAGCAGGGCGACUAUGUGUGGCUGGACCUCAAAACGGGUCGAGAGUUUGACGUGCCGGUGGGAGCCGUGGUCAAACUCUGCGACUCCGGACAGAUCCAGGUUCUGGACGAUGAAGCCAAGGAACACUGGAUCUCUCCUCAGAAUGCCACCAACAUCAAGCCCAUGCACCCGACCUCCAUCCACGGGGUGGAGGACAUGAUCCGCCUGGGAGACCUGAACGAAGCCGGCAUCCUCCGCAACCUGCUCAUCCGCUACGACGAGCGCGUCAUCUACACAAAUUGUGGUGGAAGGACGUACACCGGCUCCAUCCUGGUGGCUGUGAAUCCGUACCAGCUGCUUCCCAUCUACACCCCCGACCAGAUUCGCCUCUACACCAACAAGAAGAUCGGCGAGUUGCCGCCGCACAUAUUCGCCAUAGCUGACAACUGCUACUUCAACAUGCAGCGGAACAACAAGGACCAGUGCUGCAUCAUCAGUGGUGAGUCCGGAGCUGGGAAGACAGAAAGCACAAAGCUGAUUCUGCAGUUCCUCGCUGCCAUCAGUGGUCAGCACUCCUGGAUCGAGCAGCAGGUCCUGGAGGCCACGCCCAUCCUCGAAGCUUUCGGAAACGCGAAGACGAUUCGCAACGACAACUCCAGUCGCUUCGGGAAAUACGUCGACAUCCACUUCAACAAGCGCGGCGCCAUCGAAGGAGCCAAGAUCGAGCAGUACCUGCUGGAGAAGUCCAGAGUGUGUCGACAGGCUCCGGACGAGAGGAACUACCACAUCUUCUACUGCGUGUUGAAGGGGAUGCCUCCGGAGAUGAAAGCCAAACUGGGUCUGGGCCUCGCCACAGAUUACUCCUACCUCACCAUGGGGAACUGCACACAGUGUGACGGUCGAGACGACCUGAGAGAUUACUCCAGCAUCCUGUCGGCCAUGAAGGUCCUGAUGUUCACCGAGACGGAGAACUGGGAGAUCUCCAAGCUGCUCGCUGCCAUCCUGCACAUGGGGAACCUGCGAUUCGAGGCUCGAACGUACGACAAUCUGGACGCCUGUUUGGUCGUGAGAUCUCCUGACCUGGUCACUGCUGCCUCACUCAUGGAGGUGGAGCCUAAGGACGUGAUGGUGUGUUUAACCACACGAACCCUGAUCACUCGAGGGGAAAGCGUGGCGACGCCUCUCAGCGUGGGACAAGGCCUGGACGUCAGAGACGCCUUCGUUAAGGGGAUCUACGGCCGACUGUUUGUCUGGAUCGUGGAUAAGAUCAACGCGGCCAUCUACAGGCCUCCGUCCUGCGAGAGCAACAUCGUGCGCAGAUCCAUCGGACUGCUGGACAUCUUCGGCUUCGAGAACUUCAUCGUCAACAGCUUCGAGCAGCUCUGCAUCAACUUCGCCAACGAGAACCUGCAGCAGUUCUUCGUUCGUCACGUGUUCAAACUGGAGCAGGAGGAGUACAACCUGGAGGACAUCAGCUGGCAGCACAUCGAGUUCACCGACAACCAGGACGCCCUGGACAUGAUCGCACAGAAGCCCAUGAACAUCAUCUCCCUGAUCGACGAGGAGAGCAAGUUCCCUAAGGGAUCUGAUGCUACGAUGCUCUACAAGCUCAACUCGCAGCACAAGCUCAACUCCAACUACAUCCCUCCGAAGAACAUCUACCAGACCCAGUUUGGUAUCCAGCACUUUGCCGGUGUGGUGCAUUACGAGACCAGAGGAUUCCUGGAGAAGAACCGCGACAGCCUCCACACCGACAUCAUCCAGCUCGUCCACUCGUCCAAGAACAAGUUCAUCAAGCAGAUCUUCCAGGCGGACGUGGCCAUGUUUCUGUGUGGCUAUCAGCAGCCCAGCACCCCCACUCCAAAGGGAGUGGAGACGAGGAAGCGCUCUCCCACUCUGAGCAGUCAGUUCAAACGUUCCCUGGAGAUGCUGAUGAGGACGCUGAGCGUGUGUCAGCCGUUCUUCGUGCGUUGUAUCAAACCCAACGAGCUCAAGAAGCCGAUGAUAUUCGACAGAGAGCUCUGCAUCCGUCAGCUGCGAUACUCCGGUAUGAUGGAGACCAUCCGGAUCCGCCGGGCCGGUUACCCCAUCAGAUACAGCUUCGCCGAGUUUGUGGACCGGUACCGAGUCUUAAUGCCUGGAGUGAAACCUUCUCACGUUCAGGCGGAUCUACGAGGAACCUCUCAGAAGAUUGUCCUGGCUCGACUGGGGAAACAUGACGACUGGCAAAUCGGAAAGACCAAAGUGUUCCUGAAGGAUCACCACGACCUGCAGCUGGAGGUGGAGAGAGACAAAGCCAUAACUGACAAGGUCAUCCUCAUCCAGAAGUCUGUGCGAGGACUGAAAGAGAGGAACCACUUCCUCCGACUGAGGAGCGCGGUGACUUUCAUCCAAAAGGUCUGGAGGGGAUAUCGCUGCAGAAAGAAUUACCAGAUUAUGCAGAAGGGCUUCCUGCGCCUUCAGGCCGUGUACAGGUCCAGGAAGUUCUUAAGAAGCUACCAGGUCACUCGCCUUCGCAUCACUCUCACCCAAGCCCGCUGCCGUGGUUUCAUGAUCCGGCGGACGUUCUGGCGGCGCCUGCGUGCCGUGUUGACCAUGCAGGCCUACACCAGGGGCAUGAUCGCCAGACGCUUCUGCCAGAGGCUGAGGGCAGAGCUGCAGCAUCGCCUGGAAGCCGAGGGCCAGCGUCUGGCCGAGGAGGAGCAGCUGCGGAACCAGAUGACGGCGCGGCGGGCGAAGGCCGAGGCCGAGAGGAAUCACCAGGAGCGGCUCGUCCAACUGACCCAGCAGCAGGAGGAGAGGGAGCGCGAGGAGAAGGAGGAGGCGAGGAGGAAGAAGGAGCUGCUGGAGCAGAUGGAGAGGGAGAAGGAGCAGCCCGUGGAUCACUCCGACAUGGUCGACCGUAUGUUCGGGUUCCUGGGGAACUCGGGGCCGUUACCCAACCAGGACGGACGAGCACCAAGUGGCUUCGAGGACCUGGAGAACACUCCUCACAGUGAGGAAGCUGAAGAGGAGCUGCUGAAUGAAGCUCUGCCGCUGCCCGUUGAAGAAGAGGAGGAUUUGUCUGAGUACAAGUUCUCUAAGUUUGCAGCCACCUACUUCCAGGGAGUUUCCACUCACACGUACAUCAGACGACCGCUGAAGCAACCGCUGCUUUUCCACGAGGACGAAGGAGAUCAGCUGGCUGCACUGGCCGUGUGGAUCACCGUGCUGAGGUUCAUGGGCGACCUCCCCGAACCCAAGAGCCAGCUGGUCAUAAACGACGGCAGCGAAAAGAUUCCCGUCAUGACCAAGAUCUACGAAACCCUCGGGAAGAGGACGUACAAGAGGGAGCUGCAGGAGCUGCAGGUGGAAGGAGAGAACAGUGCCAUUGACAACCAGAAGAGGAACAGCAUCAGACACAAACUCGUGUCUCUCACCCUGAAGAGGAAAUCUAAGAUCACAGAGGAGGUCACCAGGCGUUUGACCGAGAGCGACUACGGCCUCCAGGGGAACAGCAUGCUGGAGGACCGGCCCACCUCCAACCUGGAGAAACUUCACUUCAUCAUCGGCAACGGCAUCUUACGACCCGCCCUCAGGGACGAGAUCUACUGUCAGAUCUGCAAACAGCUGACUCAGAAUCCGUCCAAGAGCAGUCACGCCCGAGGAUGGAUCCUGCUGUCGCUCUGCCUCGGCUGCUUCGCCCCCUCCGAGAAGUUUCUCAAGUAUUUACGGACGUUCUUGAUCAACGGUCCCCCUGGUUAUGCUCCAUACUGCGAGGAGAGGCUGAGGAGGACGUUUAUCAAUCGCACACGGACUCAGCCACCGUCCUGGUUGGAGCUGCAGGCCACUAAAUCCAAGAAGCCCAUCAUGUUACCAGUCACGUUCAUGGACGGCACCACUAAGACCCUCCUGGCAGACUCGGCCACCACCGCCAGCGAGCUCUGCAACGCUCUGGCGGACAAGAACAACCUGAGAGACCGAUUCGGCUUCUCGCUGUACAUCGCCCUGUUUGACAAGGUGUCUUCAUUGGGCAGCGGCAGCGACCAUGUCAUGGACGCCGUCUCCCAGUGCGAGCAGUACGCAAAGGAGCAGGGCGCUCAGGAGAGGAACGCCCCCUGGAGGCUGUUCUUCAGGAAGGAGAUCUUCAGCCCCUGGCACAACCCCGCCGAGGACCAGGUGGCCACAAACCUCAUCUACCAGCAGAUCGUCCGAGGGGUGAAGUUCGGAGAGUAUCGCUGCGAGAAGGAGGAGGACUUGGCAGAGCUGGCCUCUCAGCAGUACUUUGUGGAUUACGGCCCUGAAAUCCUCCAGGAUCGCCUGCUCAGCCUCAUUCCGUCCUACAUCCCCGACAGAGAGAUCACGGCCACUAAGACGUCAGAGAAGUGGUCUCAUCUGAUAAUCCAAGCCCACAAGAAGGGAUUAAACUCGAAGAGGAGGUCGAACACACAGAGGGUGAAGGAGGACGUGGUGGAUUUCGCUCGGUUGAAGUGGCCCCUGCUCUUCUCCCGCUUCUACGAGGCCUUUAAAUUCUCAGGACCCAGUCUGCCCAAGAACGACGUGAUCGUGGCGGUGAACUGGACCGGGGUUUACUUUGUGGACGAGCAGGAGCAGGUGCUGCUGGAACUGUCUUUCCCAGAGAUCACUGCGGUGUCCAGUAGCAGAGGGGGUAAACUCCAGGGCCAGAGUUUUACCUUGGUCAUAAUGAAAGGAGACAAGUACACGUUCACCUCCAACAACGCCGAGGACAUCCGGGAUCUGGUGGUCUCCUUCCUCGAUGGUCUGAGGAAGAGGUCCAAGUACGUGGUGGGACUGAUGGACUGUCCCAACCCCGCCGGGGUCGACUCCACCUUCCUGAGUUUCUCCAAAGGGGAUCUCAUCAUCCUGGACGAUCACGACGGGGAACACGUGAUGAACUCGGGUUGGGCUCACGGCAUCAACGACAAGACCAAACAGAGAGGAGACUUCCCGGCUGACUGCGUCUACGUCGUGCCCACCAUCACCAGACCCCAGUACGACAUCGUGGCGCUCGUGACCAUGACUCCCGAUCAGAGACGAGAGUCCAUCAGUCUGUCCCAGAUGAAGCCGUCAGACAUCGAGGACAAAACGAAGACGUACACGCUGGAGGAGUUCUCCUACGACUACUUCAGGCCUCCUCCUAAGAGCACCCUGAGCAGGGUGAUGAUCCCCAAGUCCCGAGGGAAGGAGCGUCUGUGGAGCUGCACCAGGGAGCCCCUCAAACAGCCUCUGCUGAAGAAGGUGCUGGCUCAUGAGGAGCUCGCCCAGGAGGCCUGUCUGGCCUCCACAGCUGUGAUGAAGUACAUGGGCGACUACCCGUCCAAACGCGUUCGCUUCGUCAACGAGCUCACGGACCAGAUCUUCGAAGGAGCUCUGAAGGCCGAGCCGCUGAAAGACGAGAUCUUCUGUCAGAUCCUCAAACAGCUGACGGACAAUCACAUCAAGUACAGUGAGGAGAAGGGCUGGGAGCUGCUGUGGCUCUGCACUGGUUUGUUUCCUCCCAGUAACGUCCUGCUGCCUCACGUCCAGAAGUUCCUCCAGGCCAAGAAGCACUGUCCUCUCGCUCCGGACUGUAUGCAGCGGCUCCAGAAAGCCUUACGAAACGGCUCGAGGAAGUAUCCCCCUCACCUGGUGGAGGUGGAGGCCAUCCAGCACAAAACCACCCAGAUCUUCCACAAAGUCUAUUUCCCGGACGACUCAGACGAGGUGUUUGAGGUGGAGUCGAGCACCAAAGCCAAAGAUUUCUGCCACAACAUCUCGGGGCGUCUGAUGCUCAAAUCCUCGGAGGGCUUCAGUCUCUUUGUCAAGAUCACAGACAAGGUCAUCAGUGUCCCCGACGGCGACUUCUUCUUCGACUUCGUGAGGCAUCUGACGGACUGGAUCAAGAAAGCCCGACCGGUGAAAGACGGUGUCGUGCCUUCACUGACCUAUCAGGUGUUCUUCAUGAAGAAGCUCUGGACCAACACGGUGCCGGGAAAAGAUUCCAUGGCCGACUCCAUCUUCCACUACUACCAGGAGCUGCCUAAGUAUCUGCGCGGCUACCACAAGUGUCCGAGGGACGAGGUGUACCAGCUGGCGGCGCUGAUCUACAGAGUGAAGUACGACGAGGAGAAAUCACACUUCCAGAACAUUUGCAAAAUCCUGAAGGAGCUCGUGCCCCAGGACCAAAUCCGACAUCUGUCCCCAGACGACUGGAAGAGGUCGAUCCUGUCGCUGUUCAACAAACAAUCGGGGAAAACUCCAGAAGAAGCAAAACUAUCGCUUCUCAAGAUCAUUUACAAGUGGCCCACGUUCGGUUCUGCGUUCUUCGAAGUGAAGCAAACAACGGAUCCAAAUUACCCAGAAACCCUCCUGAUAGCGAUAAACAAACACGGAGUCAGUCUGAUCGAUCCGAAGUCGAAGGAGAUCCUCACCACUCACCCCUUCACGAAAAUCUCAAACUGGAGCAGCGGCAACACGUAUUUCCACAUCACCAUCGGGAACCUGGUGCGAGGCAGCAAGCUGCUGUGUGAAACCUCCCUGGGCUACAAGAUGGACGACCUCCUGACCUCGUACAUCAGCCAGAUGCUGACGACCAUGACUAAACAGAGAACGUCCCGGGGCAACAGCAAGUGA